UGCUGAAGCGGCCAAUCAGAGCGAGGCUGCUUCAGGAAACACAAAACUGAGUCAAAUAUCACUCAACACAUGGAUUGUAGUCCGUUUAACAGCUUUUCACGGCUCGGUGCAGACACACAGAGCUGUUUUAUAGCCUGACAAGUCUUUACAGGAGCUGUUUAAAAAAGGACAGAUAGAAGUUUUGACCCCAGAAGAGAAGAUUAGUACAGGAAGUAAUCUGGUUUUGGAAAGGAUUCAAGAUCCACGACGGCGGAGUUCAUGGUCUUUAAGGACUCCUCACAUGCGAUGAAAGACAUGGACAUCUUCAACGGUACCUCUGAGCCGCGAGGGCAGUCAGACUUUGACCUCAUUGAGGAAAUCAUCUCAGAGUACGGAGAUCGGCCCCUCCCCGGACCUCCAGCCCCUCCUGCUGAACUCCUCUGCCAGCCACACGGCCAGAACCACCGGAUGCUGCGACAGAGCUCCUCACCGUCAGCUCAGCCCGUGCUGGUGGCAAGAGGCACUGCAUGUCAGCCAACCUGCACCUUCCCUCAGCCCCAGCAGCAGUCGUGCACUUCCAGAGUGAUGGCUCAUCCUUCAAGGGGAGCAGCCUCUCCAGCCGGUUCCUCUCGCCGUGGUCGAGGCUCUUUGUGUUCGCCGGGCUUUAAGAGCUCCCGCGGCGUUCCCUCUCAGAACUGCGGCGGCGACACCGAGAUGCUGGAGCAGCUUCUGAAUAAGCCCAAGCUGGUGGUGGUGGAGGAGCCCAAGGAGAGAGGCAUGAGGUUUCGCUAUGAAUGUGAGGGACGCUCGGCCGGCAGCAUCCUGGGGGCGUCCAGCAGUGAAACCAACAAGAGUCAGCCUGCGAUAGAGAUUCAAGGUCCCAUCGAACACUUAAAGAGGGUCACAAUCACCGUUUCCUUGGUGACUAAAGACCUCCCACACCGGCCUCACCCCCACUGCCUUGUGGGUAAAGACUGCCCGAACGGUUCAGGAAUCUGUGUGGUCACGCUCAAUCCUCACAGCAGCCGACGUCACAGCUUUGGUAACCUCGGUAUCCAGUGUAUUAGGAGGAAAGAGCUGGAGACUUCACUUCAGAAGAGAAGAAGCCAAAAUAUUGACCCCUUUCAAACUGGUCACACGAAGGGCAUUGAGGACAUGGACAUGAACUCAGUGCGUCUGUGUUUUCAGUGUGAGUUCGAGUGGGAGGACGGCAGAAAAGACUGUCUCAGCCCAGUGGUGUCCAGCCCCAUCUAUGACAAGAAGGCCACAACUACAUCGCAGCUUAAGAUCAACUGUCUUAACCAGUACAGAGGUUCCUGCGCCGGCAAGACCGAGAUCUACAUGUUGUGUGACAAAGUGCAGAAAGAUGACAUCGAGAUCAUCUUCAGGCGAGGGCCUUGGAAGGCGAGCGGAGAGUUUGCCCAGACAGAUGUGCACCGGCAGAUCGCCAUCGUGUUUAAGACUCCGCCCUACCAGGACCAGGACAUCACGGAGGAGAUUGAAGUCAACGUGGUCCUGCGUCGCCUCUCAGACCAGAUGGAGAGCGAGUCAAUUACCUUCACGUACCUGCCACACAACCCAGAUCCAUAUGAGGUGAAGCGGAAGAGAAAGAUAAAGUCAGACAUCAGCUUCAGAGACAAACCGUGUGUGUCAGAAGGUGCACCUGCAGUGGAGCAGCCCUUCCACUUCCAGCAGCCUCAGACCAUGAUGUCUCCAGACGAGAGGCUUUGUGCUGCCCAGCCUGGGGCCUCCGCUUUGGGGGAAAUGUGUUUCAACGAACCCCAGGACUCAAACAAUGCCACCGAUGCAACGGCCAUCCUUAAUCAGUUGCUAGAAAUGCCUUCACUAUGGGAGAUGAUUGACUCGUCCAUGCCCUCUGGCUUUGAGCAGGGUUCCGACGCCAGCUCCACGUUUGCCAACGUGGAUAUGAACUUUAACCAGAACUUUGGCUUGUACAAUCCGGACUUUUCCCAAUACAGCGACUUGCAGUUCAACAUGCUCGUCAAUGAGAGCCAGACUCCGCAGUCUGAGGCCCAGGACAGCCCAUCCAACAUGGUUCAGGUGAAGACAGAAGAGGAGCUAUGAGGAUAGGAUAGUCAGGAUCAUGAAGCGCCCUUUCACACUUUCUGUCCACUUUAAAAGAUAUAGACAUUUUGAGAAGUGCGCUUAUUUGCUUUCUUGCAGAGAGUUAGAUGAGAAAACUGAUACCACUCAUCUGUAAGAAUGGUAUCGAUCUUUCUCAUCUGACUCUCUGCAAGAAAGUGAGUAAGUGUAUUUCCCAAAACGAUGAACUUCUCCCUGAACCUCUCUGGAUUUAGAGCCAAACAAGAUUAUGUUGUCCCAAAUCCAAGACUACUGCUCUGGCUGCUUGCACUGUGAAAUGUGUUUGCCCUCCCGCUUGCUCCAUAUCUUUAUCUGAAGACCUUGCUGGUCAAGGCUUUAGCAACCAGGAGCCGGUUAACAGUCCUACAUAUGUGCUGCUAAAUGCUGCCAGCAUUAAUCGUCAGAAGAAGGUGACUCACAGUCAGCGUGGAGCUUAAAAGGAGAACUAAUGAACAUCUAUAUUUAACUUGGGAACAACAGAAACCCUCCCAUGAAUUGCCGUCUGUUGUAGUAAAUGACUGGUGAGGUAAGACUGAAAUACCUGUCAUGUAAUGUUUGUCUAAGGUCGGUUUUGUUUGCUUCAACAUAAUUUUGGGAGAAUGACCCGACUUCUUACAAGAAGUUGACGUAGGAUUUUAGUUUUAAAACACAAAAAGUUUCAAGCACAGUAGUUUCAGAUCUGCUUUACACUUUGUUUUCGCCUGUUAUUACUCUCUGUUGAUGUUGCCGUCACACCAGCUGGCUUGUUUAAUAUUUAACCUACUUAAAUGCAAUAGAAACCAGUCCUCUUAUUUAUAGCUCUGUCUGCGUCAGUUCCCAUUGUCCUGCAGUUUCACUCUCGUGUUCAACAUUCUAAUUUCCACUCGCAGCUUUUCACAAGUCCAACUCCGUCCCCUCGCUGUAACAUUGUAGUGUUUCAUAAGAGAAACAAUAAAAUGUAAAAUGUAAACUGA